AACGCAUCACGGCUCAGUUCAUUCCUGCACUGUCCCGCUGGAGGACGAGGACAGUCUGAAGUCUGGAGUCGGGAGAAAAAGCUCCACUGUUAAAACUCCCAGGAUUUACACUCUGCCAUUUUGAACAAAACCGGCCCGACAUCGAGAGUUCAGACUCGUCCAACUAAGUCAUGACCUGAAGGACUGAAGCUCUGCUGAUAAGGUCCUGAAGUGGAGGAACAUUAAUCCAGCAAAAGGGGAAGUGUUUUUCUCUCUCUUUCGGACUGGACGUCUUCAGCGAUGUGUUCGACCAAUCACUCAAACUGGGUCACCUUUGAAGAUGACAGCACACCACUCUCAUCGCCUCAGAAACCGCUACAGUCACCGGGGCUUAUCAAAGCAGCAGUGCCACGUCCCAAUGGUUUGAAGUUAGUGCUUCCACCAAUCAGAGACACAUCCUGGAGCUUCAGUCCUUCCCUGGAAUCACCUCAAAGCAGUGGAAGUUCCUCAGUGAGGUGUAACACACCCUUUUGUACUCCUGUGAGUGGGGUACCGAGCAGCGUGUCCCCAAUUCACUCCAACGUGUGGGAAAAGAAUAACUUCUUCCGGAGUUCGUCCAGCACAUCUGCCACCUCUGCACCUGGGGCCUUAAAUCAAAAUUCAGAUGGACCAACCCCCUUUCCUUCUUUCCAGGGGAACUCAGGACACUAUAACCCCUUCUGGGAUGGAAGUAGACACAAUGCAGAUGCAGACAGUUCCUCCUCAGACUCAGAAUGUGACAACAGCCUACCACGUUUCUUUAUUCGGACCAAAGAUGGCAGCGAACCUCCUCGAGACCAACUCCAGAACUCCUUCUCCUACGUUUGCCAAAAGCUGGAAGACUUACGAACAGAAACAGACAAUGGAACAGAGAAAAAUGGCGGAGAGAGGCGUCUUAGUUGCAAAGAUGAGGUAUUAAGUGAGGAUUCAUCUCCCUUUGUUCCUCGGGGUCUGUUUCGUAGCAAGAAAAGAGAUGGGUGGCCUAUCUUGCUCAGGAUUCCUGAAAAAAAGAACCGCAUGUCCUCUCGACAGUGGGGGCCCAUAUACCUCCGCUUGUUGCCGGGAGGCGUGCUGCAGAUGUACUAUGAGAAAGGGCUGGAGAAGCCAUACAAGGAAUUCCAGCUUCUCCCUCAGUGUAGGCUCUCGGAUCUUAAACUGGAAAGCUACGGUGAGCCCCGCAAAGUUCUCACUGUCAAGGUGGAGCAUUUCUCCUACACAGAAAAGAAACGCUUUCACCCGAAGUUGGAGGUUAGUCACGAGGCAGAGAUGGAGCAGCUGCUCAAGUUUGGCUCGACAGUGCAUGAUGACAUGGAGGACCUGGUAGUCUCCAUGGAAGAAGAGAUCUCAAAACUGUGUAUGCCCCACCAGCAGAGGCGGCACUACGAGGAGCAGGAGCUGUCAUUGCAGAUCACUGAUCAUAUCUGGGUACAACUUGACAAGUCUGGAGGAGUCAAAGAACGGACAGCCCUUACCCAGAUUCACUGUUUGGCUUUUCUCAACGGAGUAGCGGACUGUUUUCUUGCCCUCAAUGAUCUCGGGCUGUUACACUUAAACUCAAGCUACGGUUCUGAGGAGGGCAGUGAACUCUGGAUGGAGAUAGCCGACUGUCAUUUUCACAAAUGUGUGAACGAGGCAGAGUUUCACAGAUCCCGACUGAUUAAGUUCUCACCUCCUGACGCCUGCAGAGUGGAGGUGAUGCGGUACAAGACAACAACUUUGGGUUGCACAGAGAUCCCUUUCUCAAUCAAAGCUGUAGUCACAGUUCAAGGGGCCUAUGUGGAGCUCCAGGCCUUUCUCAACAUGUCAGCGGCCUUCUUUUCCUCUGUCAGGGAGUCGGACCGGUACCCACUUUGUGAGAAUGUAGUGAUCCGUGUGCCAGUGCCAGGCAACUGGGUCAAAGUGACACAAACGGUGGCCUUGCUGCGACAGAGGUCACUGAAGGCCCGCAUGAACAGAAACGCCUGCCUGGGCGCCGUUACCAAAGCAGAUUCACAGCCAGUCAUGCAGGUGUCAAUCGGCUCUGUCAAGUAUGAGAGUGUAUAUUCAGCCAUAGUGUGGAGGAUCGAGAGACUGCCUGCCAAAAAUGCCGCAGUGGAUCAUCCCCAUUCACUCUCCUGUAAGCUAGAGCUGGGAUCGGAUCAGGAGAUCCCAAAAGACUGGUACCCUUUUGUCACCAUGGAAUGUGAAAUAAUGGGCGCAGUUGUGUCACAGACCAGGGUGAAAUCCCUGGGCACUGUGAACGACAUCCAGCCACAGAAAAAUUCGACCAGUUGGACACGCUACCAUUGUCAGCUGGAAGUUGAGAAGAAAUGGAUUGAAACAGAGUCAGAGAGACAAUCUGGUUGUAUGACACAGUGACGAUUAAAGAAGCACUGAAGAGGAUGUUUUUCUUUUGUGCCAAGACAUUUUUGCCAAAAUCUUUUUUUUAUAUAUAUAUAGUAAAAAGGGAUCUCAGAGGAAAAGAAAAGAACAAAAAUAUAGGUGAUGAGGGACUUUCUGCUUAUAUAUGGUGUCAAAUUCAUCUAAUUACACAUAGCCUGGUAACUGAUUUUGUAUCAUUUAACUGAGACUGAAUUAGUUUACUCCUAAUAGAAAACAAAAUUAACACGUUCAUUUUACCUAGCACUUUACAUUUAAUAGAUUUAUUAAUUGUUUAAAUACAGUUUAUAUGAGUACUGUACUGUAAAUAAGCUUGCAUUUGCAUCAUCUGCACUGCUCUCCAGAGUAAUUGGCAAUAAAUGUACGACAGGCUUUAUGGGAUAAACAACUUAAGUAAUGAGUUAUGUCCACUGUGUUUGAGAAUAACACUUGUCAGCGCCAUAUACUUCCAAAUGUAUUUCUUUAGGAAUAACUCCCAAUAGAUUUGUACAAAUGUUAUUUGGCAGAUGAAGGUUUUAUCGAGUGACACUGAAACUUACAAGUUAAUAUUUUUUCUUAAAACGAGAAUGAUUAUUAGUUUCCAAGCACACAAAGUGUGAUUGUUUUUAUAGAACUUUAAAGAGUCAUUGACAUGCUUUUGCCAAAUACAGUGUGCACACUUCCAGUGUUUCACUAAUCUGAUUGACUUUGAGUACUACUGCCACAUAGGAUUCUAAUUAGAUUUAAAAAUGUCUUCUCCACUCAUGUUACAUUUUUUGCUUCCCAUGAGCUGACCCUAUGAAUUUGUCCAAGGCUGUAUUCUGGAGAACUGUAAUGUUAUUUAAACUUUAUUAUGUGGUCUUUCUGCCUGAUGGGUGUGAAGAAUAGGUUGAAUAAGAGGGGGUUGAAAAAGUGAUGAAGCUUCGUAGUAACAAACUAAAAUGAUGGCUUGUAUGUAUGAGGUACCUGGCUUAAGCUGGAUAUUGUGUACAUCAAGAUUAAACGCUGAAUUAAA